CCCCGCGUUUCCCGGCCAACGGGACAGAUCCUGAUUUACCGUCUUUUCAAGGGUCCAAGGGGAAAAGCCAUCCAAGUGGAUGAUGGGAAUUUCGAGGUUUUGGGAUGCAACCAUACCAGCGACAUUCCCAUUACGUAGGUUCUCAAGCGGGUACCUUCAGCCUAUGUGCCCUUUUCGGUUGACCUCCUUUCAUGUGGCCAGCUCUCCAGACCGCGCUUUCACUUCCAGUUCUGGGCUCUUGGGAAAUGCUUUACAUUACUCCCUUCCCCUUCUUCCUCCCCACCUGAGCUGGUUUCCUUACUGUGGUUUCUCAGCCCAACAAAUCGUCUGUUCAGUCACGCCGUGGCGCUCUCUCCAGAUCUACUCAUCAGCUAAGUCAGAGCAUAGUUUCUCUAUUGCCCCGACCCCCCCUCUUGUCGUCCUCGGUUCUGCUGCAUCUUACCCUUCGUCAACGAGGUUCAAUCUCGAAACCGCAACUCAACCACCCUUCUCAUGGCAACAACCGAGAUCACGAACGGCAACAGACCCAUCCGCUUUCUCAUCUGGGGUGGUGAUGGAUGGGUUGCGGGCCACCUAAAGGCGUUGCUAGAAAGGCAGGGGAAGGAGGUAUAUUCAACCACCAUCCGUAUGGAGGACCGAGAGGCUGUCGUAGCGGAGCUCGAUAGAGUGAAUCCGACAUAUGUGCUGAACGCAGCGGGCUGUACCGGACGACCCAACGUGGACUGGUGUGAAGACAACAAGGAGGCCACCAUGAGGUCCAAUGUUGUGGGGACACUCAACUUGACGGACUGCUGCUUUACAAGAGGCAUCCACAUCACCGUGUUUGCGACGGGCUGUAUCUAUCAAUACGACGAUGCUCAUCCAUGGGAUGGCCCUGGCUUUCUGGAGACGGACCCGGCCAAUUUUGCGGGCAGUUUCUAUUCCAUGACCAAGGCGCACGUCGAGGAGGUAAUGAAACAUUACAACAACUGCCUCAUUUUGCGUCUGCGAAUGCCUGUAUCGGACGAUCUACACCCGCGAAAUUUUGUGACCAAGAUCUCUCAGUACGAGAGGGUGGUGGACAUUCCCAACAGCAAUACCAUUUUGACGGACCUUUUGCCAGCUUCAAUCUUACUGGCCGAGCACGGGGAGGUGGGCAUUUAUAACUUUACCAACCCUGGGGCUAUCUCGCACAACGAGGUCUUGACCUUGUUUCGGGAUAUCGUGCGACCCUCGUUGACAUGGAAGAACUUUAGCCUGGAGGAACAAGCCAAAGUGAUCAAGGCUGGUCGCAGCAACUGCAAACUGGAUACAACCAAGCUAACAAGCAAGUUGAUGGAAUACGGCUACGAAAUACCCGAAGUCCAUGAGGCGUAUAGGAGGUGUUUUGAGCGGAUGAAGGCAGCGGGGAUUCGGUAACUCCCAUCCGGAGAUGUUCUGGAGGACUUGGUCUCGGCGUGAUGAGGUUCGGUUGAAGGACUUUUUUCCCCCUUUUUUUUUUAAGGUUUUUCGUUAUUGAUUGCUUUUGGUUGGGAGUUACUUUGCACGGAGUUAAUGGAACAAGUGGGUAUGAGAAGGACCAGAUCAUUUACAUAUAAUUAUUAGCGACGAAAUGAAGACGACUUUAU